UAUGGAGGGGGGGCACACUCCUGCAUUCCACAAGAGCCCAGUCGUAAAGAAGAAAAGAGAGAGAUAAAGAAAGAGUGUGAGAGAGAAAGACCAAAAGUGUGAUUGCAAGGGAGUUGUUUUGUCUACCACCUUUUAUUCGAGGAGCUGCUGGGCACAUCAAAGAAGUUGGGACAUCUUUGGACGAAGUUUUGUUACGCUUCAAGACAAUGGGAUGCUAAAUGAGAUUAAGACGCGUAGCAGGGUGCCAGAACCUACUGUAGCAUGGUAUCAUCAGACACAAAGCAGAAGCCAAUCCUGGAUGGACCACCAGCCUCCCACUCUUGCAAACAGUAGAUCUAAGCUGGCAGCGGGGAGGAGUUUCCAGUGAGCUGAGCGGCAGUGGACAUACAAUGCUAAAGGCAUGGAUGUGAAAGAGCGCAGACCUUACUGCUCGCUGACAAAAAGCAGGCGAGACAAAGAGCGGAGGUACACCAACUCCUCAGUGGACAGUGAAGAGUGCAGAGUGCCCACCCAAAAGUCCUACAGCUCCAGUGAGACGCUCAAGGCAUUUGACCACGACUCCUCCAGGCUGCUCUAUGGGAGCCGCGUGAAAGAAAUGGUUCACAGAGAGGCCGACGAGUACAGCAGGCAGGCUGGUCAGAACUUCACCCUUAGGCAGUUAGGCAUCUGUGAACCAGCUACACGACGUGGGCUAGCGUUCUGCGCAGAAAUGGGCCUCCCUCACCGAGGGUAUUCAGUAGGUGCAGGAUCUGAUGUUGACACAGAGAAUGAAGGCGUCAUGUCUCCAGAGCAUGCCAUGCGCUUGUGGGGAAGAGGAGUCAAGUCAGGACGCAGCUCAUGUCUGUCAAGUCGCUCAAAUUCAGCCCUGACCCUGACUGAUACGGAACAUGAAAACAAGUCCGACAGUGAGAAUGGUUCUCCCAUGCCAUCGUCCUCAUCCAGUCCAUCAGUCAUUGAGCAUUCACAUUCUAAGCCUCAAUCACCAAAUCUCCAUGACAACCAGAGGCGGUUGCUCAGUAAUGAUGCCACCCAGCCAGUUCAUGAAUCUGACACUGACGAAGAGUACACUGCCAGUUUGUAUUUACCAAUAAUACAGGCUGGACCCAUUCCUGUCUGUAUUCCAAGUAAUGAACAACCAGCCAACCAUCAAAACCAAUCAACCUUACAGCCUGUGCCGUCUUCUCAUACGCAACACCCAUCACAGCAGCACCCUUCUGUCACAUCCCUUAACCGAAAUUCCCUGACUAAUCGGAGGAACCAGAGCCCGGCCCCUCCGGCCGCCUUGCCCGCCGAACUGCAAACCACACCUGAAUCCGUCCAGCUGCAGGACAGCUGGGUGCUUGGUAGCAAUGUGCCACUGGAGAGCAGAAAAUUAGCAAAGCACGCAGUUCUUGAAAAUGGGCAUGACAACCUUAUAGAGAUGGAUGUAUUUACACCACCGUGCCACGAUUUUGGGGAUGGGCACUUCCUUUUUAAGACUGGCACCGGGACAACUCCACUCUUCAGCACAGCUACGCCUGGCUACACAAUGGCAACUGGUGCUGUUUACUCCCCACCAACCCGGCCUCUGCCUCGAAACACUUUGUCAAGAAGUGCAUUUAAAUUCAAGAAGUCUUCGAAAUACUGUAGCUGGAAGUGCACCGCCCUCUGCGCUGUUGGUGUCUCUGUGCUGUUGGCAGUCCUCUUGUCGUACUUCAUAGCCAUGCAUUUGUUUGGCCUUGACUGGCAACUUCAAGAAACAGAGAACUACACAUUUGAAAAUGGUCAAGUGAAAUCUGCAGCCACACCAACAAAAUCAGUAACAUUACUCACCAGUGACAAUGGAAAGAUUGGUGUUUUUCAUCAAGAAAACAACACAAUAGAUUCUGGGGAGGUAGAUGUAGGUCAACGAGCAACACAAGAAGUGCCUCCUGGUGUCUUUUGGAGAUCUCAAAUUUCCAUUGAUCUGCCACAGUUUCUUAAAUUCAACAUCUCCCUUCAGAAGGAUGCUUUAAUUGGAGUGUAUGGAAGGAAAGGAUUGCGACCUUCACAUACUCAGUAUGAUUUUGUUGAACUCUUGGAUGGUCGAAGACUAAUAGCAAAAGAGAAACGCAGCUUGAUUGAGUCAGAAGUUGGGAAGAGAUACACCAGGUCUGUCAGUCUACAUGAGGCUGGGUUCAUUCAAUACCUUGAAACUGGAAUCUGGCAUUUGGCAUUUUAUAAUGAUGGCAAAAAUUCAGAACAGGUGUCUUUCAACACUAUUGUCAUAGAAUCAGUAAUGGAGUGUCCUCGAAACUGCCAUGGAAAUGGAGAGUGUAAUUCUGGAACAUGUCACUGUUUUCCUGGGUUUCUAGCCCCUGAUUGUUCAAGAGUUGCAUGUCCUGUGCUGUGCAGUGGAAAUGGGCAAUACUCCAAGGGACGCUGCCAAUGUUUUAGUGGCUGGAAAGGAACGGAGUGUGAUGUGCCAAGUACACAGUGCCUUGAUAUGCUGUGUGGUGGACAUGGAACCUGUAUCAUGGGGUCCUGCAUCUGUAAUGCUGGUUACAAGGGAGAAAACUGUGAUGAAGUGGACUGUUUGGACCCAUCCUGUUCAAACCAUGGUAUGUGUAUUCGUGGAGAGUGCCACUGUAAUCCAAAAUGGGGCGGCUCAAAUUGUGAAGUGCUGAAAACAAUGUGUCCUGAUCAGUGCUCUGGACAUGGGACCUAUCAAGCUGAAAGUGGUAUCUGUACCUGUGAUCUAAACUGGAGUGGUUCAGAUUGCUCAAUUGAAAUCUGCUCUGUGGACUGUGGGUCACAUGGAAUGUGUGUUGGGGGUAGCUGCCGUUGUGAAGAAGGCUGGUCUGGUCCAGCAUGUGACCAGAGAGCUUGUCAUCCUCGCUGCACUGAGCAUGGGACUUGCAUUGAUGGAAAAUGCGAAUGUAGCCAAGGAUGGAAUGGUGAACACUGCACAAUUGCUCACUAUUUGGACAAAAUAGUCAAAGCAGACAAGAUAGGAUAUAAAGAGGGAUGUCCUGGAUUAUGCAAUAGUAAUGGUCGAUGCACCUUGGACCAGAAUGGAUGGCAUUGUGUCUGCCAGCCGGGUUGGAGAGGUGCUGGGUGCGAUGUUGCCAUGGAAACUCUGUGCACUGACAGCAAGGACAAUGAAGGAGAUGGAUUAGUUGAUUGUAUGGACCCUGACUGCUGUUUACAAAGUUCCUGCCAGAAUCAACCAUACUGCCGUGGAUCACCUGACCCCAAUGACAUUAUUGGACAGAGUCAACAGCCACCACCUCAGCAAGCUGCCAGAUCGUUUUAUGAUAGAAUCAGUUUUCUUGUUGGGCCAGACAACAGCCAUAUAAUACCUGGAGAAAAUCCCUUUAACAAGAGCCUAGCGUCCAUCAUCAGAGGUCAGGUGCUAACAGCGGAUGGAACCCCACUUAUUGGCGUUAAUGUCUCAUUUGUACACUAUCCAGAACAUGGAUACACCAUUACCCGGCAGGAUGGAAUGUUUGAUCUAGUGGCCAAUGGUGGUGCCUCCUUAACACUAAGCUUUGAGCGUGCUCCAUUUAUGACCCAAUACCGUACUGUAUGGAUCCCCUGGAAUGUUUUCUAUGUCAUGGAUACACUUGUAAUGAAAAAAGAGGAAAAUGACAUCCCUAGUUGUGACCUUAGUGGCUUUGUCAGACCCAGCCCUAUUAUUGUUUCAUCACCAUUGUCAACAUUCUUCAGAUCAUCUCCAGAAGAAAGCCCUAUCAUACCUGAAACACAGGUGCUUCAAGAGGAGACUGCAAUCCCUGGAAGUGAUUUGAAACUUUUCUAUUUGAGCUCACGUGCGGCAGGCUAUAAACCUGUCCUGAAAGUGACUAUGACUCUGUCAACUAUCCCAUUCAAUCUGAUGAAAGUCCAUCUAAUGGUUGCUGUGGUGGGAAGGCUAUUUCAAAAGUGGUUUCCAGCUUCUCCAAAUCUGUCUUAUACCUUCAUAUGGGACAAGACGGAUGCCUACAAUCAAAAGGUCUAUGGAUUAUCAGAGGCAGUUGUGUCAGUUGGGUUUGAAUAUGAAUCGUGUCUGGACCUGAUUCUUUGGGAGAAAAGAACUGCAGUUUUACAAGGAUAUGAGCUUGAUGCAUCUAAUAUGGGUGGCUGGACACUGAGUAAUCACCAUGUGCUGGAUGUUCAGAAUGGUAUUCUGUAUAAAGGAAAUGGCGAGAACCAGUUUAUUUCUCUACAGCCGCCUGUGAUCGGUACAAUUAUGGGCAAUGGGAGGCGGCGUAGCAUAUCAUGUCCCAGCUGCAAUGGGCAGGCUGAAGGGAACAAACUGCUUGCACCUGUUGCACUGGCCUGUGGUAUUGAUGGCAGUCUAUAUGUUGGUGACUUCAAUUACAUACGGCGUAUAUUUCCUUCAGGAAAUGUUACAAGUGUCAUGGAGCUUAGAAACAAAGAGUUCAGACACAGUAACAACCCAGCUCACAAAUACUACCUGGCGACUGACCCAGUCACAGGACAACUUUAUGUGUCUGACACAAAUUCACGCAGGAUUUACCGUCCAAAAUUGGUCAAUGGUUUAAAAGAUCUGAUGCAGAAUGCAGAGGUCAUGGCAGGAACUGGUGAACAGUGUCUUCCUUUUGAUGAGUCGAGAUGUGGCGAUGGAGGAAAAGCUACUGACGCCUUGCUUAUGGGACCUAAAGGAAUUGCAGUCGACAAGAAUGGUUUUAUAUAUUUUGUGGAUGGGACAAUGAUUCGAAAGGUUGAUCAGAAUGGCAUCAUUUCCACAGUUCUAGGAUCAAAUGAUCUCACUUCUGCUCGCCCACUGACCUGUGACACAAGCAUGCAUAUUAGUCAGGUGAGACUAGAGUGGCCAACUGAUUUAGCCAUCAACCCAAUGGACAACUCCAUUUAUGUCCUUGACAAUAAUGUAGUACUGCAAAUAACUGAGAAUCGACAGGUGCGGAUUGCAGCAGGAAGACCUAUGCAUUGUCAGGUUCCCGGCAUUGAGUAUGCUAUGGGAAAACGGGCUGUCCAGACCACACUGGAAUCAGCAACUGCCAUUGCAGUGUCCUAUAGUGGUGUGCUGUACAUAGCAGAAACUGAUGAAAAGAAAAUAAAUCGCAUUAGGCAGGUAACAACUGAUGGGGAAAUCUCCCUGCUUGCUGGUAUACCCUCAGAUUGUGACUGCAAGAAUGAUGCCAACUGUGACUGCUAUCAGACUGGGGAUGGUUAUGCCAAAGAUGCUAAACUUAAUAUUCCUUCCUCAUUGGUUGUAUCCCCAGAUGGCACCUUGUAUAUAGCUGACCAGGGUAACAUUCGAAUAAGGGCAGUACUUAAGAACAAGCCACUUCUUAACUCAAUGAACUUUUAUGAAGUAGCAUCUCCAGCAGAUCAGGAGCUCUACAUCUUUGACAUAAAUGGUACUCAUCAGUACACCAUGAAUUUAGUUACUGGAGAUUACAUGUACAAUUUUAGCUAUAGCAAUGAUAAUGAUAUAACUGCUGUAACUGACAGCAAUGGAAAUACUCUUCGCAUUAGGAGGGAUCCUAACCGAAUGCCAGUGAGAAUAGUGUCACCAGACAACCAAGUGAUAUGGCUAACUAUUGGAACGAAUGGAGGGCUAAAAUCACUCUCGGCACCGGUAGAAGACUUAGUCUGGUUUACAUACCAUGGGAGUAGUGGUCUGUUAGCAACAAAAACAACAGAAAUUGGAUGGACAACAUUUUUUGACUAUGACAGUGAAGGCCGUUUGACAAAUGUUACUUUCCCAACUGGGGUAGUCACAAACUUGCAUGGGGACAUGGACAAGGCUAUCACAGUGGAUGUUGAAACAUCUGGCAGAGAGGAAGAUGUCAGUAUCACUACAAACUUGUCAUCCAUUGAUUCCUUCUAUACUCUGGUUCAAGACCAACUAAGAAAUAGUUACCAGGUCGGAUAUGAUAACUCCCUAAGAAUCAUUUAUGCAAAUGGAAUGGAUAGCCACUUUCAGACGGAGCCCCACAUCCUGGCUGGACCUUCUAGCCCCAUAGUGGCACGACGAAAUAUGACUCUGCCUGGAGAAAAUGGACAGAACCUGGUAGAGUGGAGAUUCCGCAAAGAGCAGACCAGAGGCAAAAUCAUUGUAUUUGGCAGAAAAUUAAGGGUAAAUGGCAGGAAUCUACUCUCUGUUGACUAUGAUCGCACAAUUCAGACAGAGAAAAUAUAUGAUGACCAUCGUAAAUUUUUGCUCAAGAUCAAUUAUGAUGCAUCAGGACAUCCAACCUUGUGGGUACCAAGCAGCAAGCUGAUGUCUGUCAAUGUCACCUAUUCACCUACAGGACAGGUCACUAGUAUUCAAAGAGGCACCACUAGUGAAAAAGUAGAAUAUGACAGUCAGGGGAGAAUUGUCUCUCGGUUAUUUGCUGAUGGAAAGAUGUGGAGUUACACAUACCUCGAGAAGUCAAUGGUGCUAUUGCUUCACAGUCAACGGCAGUACAUCUUUGAUUAUGAUUUAUUGGAUCAUUUGUCUGCCAUAACAAUGCCAAGUGUUGCCCGCCAUACUAUGCAGACUAUUCGGUCAAUUGGGUAUUAUCGCAAUAUUUACAACCCUCCAGAAAGCAAUGCCUCUGUUAUUGUGGACUACAGUGAAGAUGGUCAAUUAAUGCAAGUUGCUCACUUGGGAACUGGAAGAAGAGUUUUGUAUAAAUACAGAAGGCAAACUAAGAUCUCUGAAAUUUUGUAUGACAGCACCCGAGUCAGCUUUACCUAUGACGAGACCGCAGGUGUUCUUAAAACUGUAAACCUACAGAGUGAAGGAUUUAUUUGCACAAUCAGAUACAGACAAAUAGGUCCUCUGAUUGACAGACAGAUAUUUCGAUUCAGUGAAGAUGGAAUGGUUAAUGCUCGGUUUGAUUAUAGCUAUGACAACAGUUUCCGAGUGACCAGCAUGCAGGGUGUAAUAAAUGAAACCCCUCUUCCAAUUGACCUCUACCAAUUUGACGAUAUUUCUGGUAAGGUUGAACAAUUUGGUAAGUUUGGAGUCAUCUAUUACGACAUCAACCAAAUAAUUUCAACUGCUGUCAUGACAUACACCAAACAUUUUGACUUUCAUGGCCGCAUCAAAGAAAUCCAGUAUGAAAUUUUUAGAUCACAAAUGUACUGGCUGACAAUACAGUAUGACAACAUGGGCCGAGUCACCAAAAGAGAAAUCAAAAUUGGACCAUUUGCCAAUACCACCAGAUAUGGUUAUGAAUAUGAUGUUGAUGGACAACUACAAACUGUUUACCUGAAUGAUAAGAUUAUGUGGCGGUACAAUUAUGACUUAAAUGGAAAUCUCCACUUGCUUAAUCCCAGUAAUAGUGCACGCCUCACACCACUACGAUAUGAUUUACGUGAUAGGAUUACUCGUCUUGGAGAUGUACAAUAUCGACUGGAUGAAGAUGGUUUUCUUCGUCAAAGAGGAGCUGAGAUAUUUGAGUACAACUCCAAAGGCCUCCUUGUUCGUGUUUAUAGCAAAGGCAAUGGUUGGACAGUACAAUAUCGUUAUGAUGGCCUAGGGAGAAGAGUUUCAGCAAGGACUAGUCUAGGACAGCAUCUUCAGUUCUUUUAUUCUGACCUCAACUACCCAACAAGAAUAACUCAUGUCUAUAAUCAUUCUAGUUCUGAGAUCACAUCCUUAUACUAUGACCUUCAAGGUCAUCUUUUUGCUAUGGAGAUCAGCAGUGGAGAGGAGUUCUAUAUCGCUUGUGACAAUACUGGUACACCAUUGGCUGUUUUUAGCAGCAAUGGUUUAAUGCUGAAACAUGUUCAAUACACUGCCUAUGGAGAGAUUUACUUUGACUCUAACCCUGACUUUCAGCUUGUAAUAGGAUUUCAUGGUGGUCUAUAUGAUCCUCUGACCAAGCUAAUCCAUUUUGGUGAAAGAGACUAUGACAUUCUUGCAGGCCGAUGGACCAUUCCCGAUAUUACUAUCUGGAAAAAAAUGGGCAAAGAUCCUGCUCCUUUUAACCUUUACAUGUUUCGCAACAAUAAUCCAGUCAGCAGAAUCCAUGACAUAAAAGAGUAUGUUACAGAUGUCAACAGCUGGUUGGUGACAUUUGGAUUCCAUCUGCAUAAUGCAAUUCCUGGAUUUCCAGUUCCUAAAUUUGAUCUAACUGAACCUUCUUAUGAACUUCAGAAGAGUCAACAGUGGGACGAUUUACCUUCCAUUUCUGGAGUACAGCAAGAAGUUGUAAGACAAGCAAAAGCUUUCUUGUCAUUCGGAAAGAUGCCAGAAAUUCAGAUCAGCAGGCACCGAUCCAGCAGGGAAAAGUCAUGGCUUUGGUUUGCAACAGUCAAAUCCCUCAUUGGGAAAGGGGUUAUGCUGGCCGUCAGUCAGGGGAGAGUGGUGACCAACGUGCUCAACAUUGCCAAUGAGGACUGCAUCAAAGUGGCAGCUGUUCUAAAUAAUGCCUUUUAUCUGGAGAACUUGCAUUUCAUCAUUGAGGGAAAAGACACUCACUAUUUUAUCAAAACCAGCUCACCAGAAAUUGACCUUGGCACACUACGGCUGACAAGUGGACGCAAAACUCUAGAGAAUGGUAUUAACGUCACAGUCUCUCAGUCCACCACUGUAGUAAAUGGCAGGACUCGCAGGUUUGCAGAUGUGGAAAUGCAGUACGGAGCCCUGGCUUUGCACAUACGCUAUGGUAUGACUCUGGAUGAGGAGAAAGCCCGAAUACUAGAGCAAGCCAGACAGAGAGCUCUUUCUAGUGCUUGGGCAAGGGAGCAACAAAGGGUGCGAGAUGGCGAGGAGGGUGCCAGAUUAUGGACAGAAGGAGAAAAGAGGCAGCUGUUAAGUGCUGGAAAAGUACAAGGCUAUGAUGGGUACUAUGUACUCUCAGUAGAGCAAUACCCUGAGUUAGCAGACAGUGCUAACAACAUUCAAUUUCUAAGACAAAGUGAAAUAGGAAAGAGGUAACAAACUGUUCAUUAACGGCUGCCAAAGAGACUGCCUAUGGCUGUUUCUCUCUGGGGAGACAGAGCUAAGUGUUACUGCAUCUAGCUACAACUGAGCAAAUGUUGGAACAUAACUACUACUUAGGCCUUAACAAGGCCAUGACACAGAUUUAUCACUGCAGCACAACCUUGAUGGACUCUAUGAAUGAAGAGCCAAGGAGAAAAGUGGUAGUUAAUAAAAACAAAAACUUUUUUUUUUUUUUUUAUUAUUGACCUUUAAAAGGUGAUCUGCUUUAAAAAAAAAAAAAAAAAAAAUGUGUUUACAUAUGCAUAUCACUGCACUCCGAUGGACAAACAUGGGAAAAAAAGGCCUAUUGGUUUUCUUAUAGACAAUGUCUAUAGCCAGAUGUUUGUUUUCCUUCUGAAUGGUUGACCUUUGCUUAUUUAAGAAUAGUCUUGCUUUUAUUAGGAACUGACAUCUCAGUUUCAAGCCAAAACUGGGAAAGUAUUGCUGUUAAUAUAUCAAACUGCUUCUACUGUGCUGCUUUUCGAAAAGGACAUUGCCAUCAGUGAUAUGUUAAUGAAAUGAAGUUUAUCAUUGAUUUUAUAAUGAAAUGGUUUGCCUUGAAGAAGAAAAAAGAAAAAAAAAUUUUAAAAAAGACAAAUUAGUCAUGAUAAAAGCAAAGGAAAACCUAGACUUUUGUAAAUUAUGUGACGAGUUGUUUAUGGAUUUUUUUACAUGAAUUCCAAAUAACUGUUCAUCAAAUAUUAGUCUCAGAGGAGUUAAUUUAUGUAAAGUGUUUAUACAUUAAAAUAAAAUCUUCAAAAAAAAAAAAAAUCACUGCUAUAUUUUGGAUGUGUGAGUAGACUGGAGAGCUUUUGCACAGACAUGAUUUUUAAAAUCUAGUCCUUCGUUUUACAGCAGUAUGGGUGCCUACCACACAUCAUUAGCAUACUUUUCAAAGGCUGUGUGAAAAAAAAAAUAGACCUGUACAUUUGAGGAAUAAUAAUGAAUGUUAUUUUAUGUGAACAAACCAAUAAACUAACUGUUCCAUUA